CCAGUGUAAAAUUAUUAGAAAAUUUACUACAGUCGGUGCCGCACGUCUCGUUGACGCGGACAAAAAUGUUUAUAUUAAACGAAACACUUUAUUUUAAUAGUAAAAGUCCGAUUUGAAGUUGUAAAAAAUUGUUAUUAAUAGUGUACCUAAAUUGUUUUAAAAACGUAGCAUUUCGAAAACUAAUUAAAGUAAUUCAUUGAAUUUGAGCCUUUAAUUUCGGUUGCUGUCAUAUAGAAAUUGUCGAGCAAAACAGUCAUUGUCCUGUGAAAAAUCGAUUAAAUUUUUACCGUGGUACACUCUGUGCUGUCAUUUCAUGAGCUUUUUUAAAUUAGUUCAAUAGAAAUCAAACGCAAUUUUUGUAUAAGCUACACAUAUAUGAUUAAGUAUUUUAGAAAUUAAUUAUAAGGAAGCUUUAAAUUUAAACACGAUCCCACGCAUGAACCAACAUGAUUGUUGCAUCUGGUGUGGAUAGCACUGCUUCAUUGGGUACUGUAGAGGUCACAACUCUCCUGGGUGCAUUUUUUGGCGUAUUAGUGCUGCUGCUCCUGCUGUUCCUCUACAUAAGUCGCAGAUGCUGCUUUCAUCAUCGGCAUGGCAUGAACUGCUGUGACGAGCGACACUUGGCGGCCAAGUGUGUGCAGAAGAUUACACGCAAACGUCGCUAUGAGAACACCAGCUCCGACUCUGAGGAGGAUAUGCUGCGACGCCUGCGCUGGCAUCAGCAGAAUAAUAACCUUCUACCAAAUGGCAAAUUUGUCGGCUAUGGCAUGGGCAUUGACCAAAGGAAUCCACUGACAGGUCACAAUUUCAAUUAUCAUCAAGCUGACCUGCAAAGGGUCACAGUGACACGUGACCCUUUGGCAAUUGCCGAACGGGGCAAGGUCGGCAUUCCUUCAUCGCAUAGCGAGUGCAGCUCCAAUGAUUCCAUCGAAGCCUCUGUUGACAGUCACACUGGCAUUUUGACAGCCGAAAGCAGAGGUACAAAUAAGUGAUUCUAAUUCAAGUGGAUGCACAUACAAUAUAUGCAUUAUAUAUAUAUCCCAUUCACAGCUGUUCCGGUAGCAUCAAUGCGAAAUUCCUAUGCCAAGUCACAGAAAUAUCAGCACAAAGUCGACGUGCUGCCACCGAGGCCCGAGAAGGAGAGGGAUAGCGUGGUGGUGGUGCCAAUUGCUAGCUUAACUAACAACAACAAUAACAUCACUGCAAACAAUAACUACAAUCAGAACUGCAGCAACAGCAACAGCAACAACAACAACAACAACACAACCAACAACAGCAACAACAACAACGAUGAUGAACCUCUUUUCGAUACCAGCGACUUGCGUUCUAUUAAGUCCGAUGAUAUCCUGGUCAGCGAUCCAAAGAGCACAGCUCCGCGUGGACCCAUUGAACUGGAGAUGUCCUUGCUGUACGAUGCACCCAUGCGUAAAAUGACGGUGCACGUGAUGCAGGCAAGAUGCUUGCCACCACUGGGUAAUGGCCAGCAGACGCACACCCAGGUGCGCCUUCUGAUGCUGCCCAACAAAAAGCAAAAGCACAAGACUAAGAUACGCAGUGGCGAGAAUCCACAGUAUAUGGAAAGUUUUCUGCUGCAUCGUGUAAAUCCCGAGGAUGUCAACAACAUGGGCCUGCGGGUGCGUCUGUAUGGAUGUGAGCGGCUGCGUAAGGAGCGCCUCAUAGGCGAGGCCUAUGUAAGUUUUGCUACUGUCGAUUUCGAGCUAGAGACUAAUCUGUGGCUGCCGCUGGAGCCACGCAACACAACAUCGCUUUUGGGAUCAACCAGCGACCUGUUGAGCUUGGCCAGAUCGGACAGCGCUGGCUCCACAUCCUCCAUGCAGCAUGGAGGUGUCUCGGAGCUGCUUUUGGGUCUUAGCUACAACGGUGUCACGGGUCGACUCAGUGUGGAGAUUAUCAAGGGUAGCCAGUUUCGCAGCCUAAUGCUAAACAAGGCGCCGGACACGUAUGUCAAGCUGUGCAUGGUUAGCAGCAUUGGUCAGGAGAUUUCACGCGCCAAAACGUCAAUACGAAGGGGCCCCAAUCCGCUAUUCAAGGAGACCUUUGCGUUUCAAGUGGCGCUGUUCCAGCUGAACGAUGUGACGCUCAUGAUCUCGGUGUAUGCCAAAAGGCACAUGAAGAAGAACGAGAUGGUCGGUUGGUUUAGCUUGGGCCUAAACUCAUCUGGACCGGAGGAGUGUGCGCAUUGGGCCGAUGUCUGCGAAAUGCCCAAGGGAGAGAUGCUGGCGCGUUGGCAUGUACUGGUGGAUUCCUGAUUCGAGCAGUUGGGACAGUCCUCAGGACGCAGCAGUAAGGCGCUCAAGAAACUGGGCUUUGCUGCGUUCAAGGACAAGUCCAAGGAUAAAGCGCGCAAGGAGAUGGAUAAGGUUCAAUUCCCUGCAGACAAUGCGGUUGCAGUCGACAUUGAGCCCGGCUUGGAGCUUGAUUUUGUCUAAAAUUUGGUCAGUUCGAGUAACCGGUGGUUGGUUACCUUAAACAUUUUGAUUGGGCUUUUUUUAAGUGGAGCAUAUUUUGAACGUUAACAUUGGUAACAUUGUGUUCCCCCAAAAACUACAUAUUGUAAUUUUUGGAAGAUCUGGCUAGCAGCCAGAUGUUAGUCCACGAGGGCUAAACAAAAUUUUUGUAAUUUGGAAACAAAUCAAAUUUGUCGCACACUUCUUAUAAAAUGUGUGAAGAUAACAAAAAGUAGCAACACAAACAUAACGAAACAAAACAAUUAAUUAGAAUACUAAAAUUUUGUACGCAACUGCAUAUGCAUAACUUAUUACUAAAAAUUUAAACUUUAUAAUUGUUUGUGAUAAUCAAUAUGAUAUGAAAAAGACAAAAUAACAGCGACAUGUAUUCGCAUGUCAAUUUUUUGUAAUUACUAUUUCUCUGCAACUUAACAAAAUACAUAUGUAUAUCUAACCGCAAAGGUUUUGAUGGUCCCACAGGACUAGCACUUUUUUUAUUACAAUUAUUAAGAAAUCCCAAAGAAAAGCAAAACGAAUUAUAAUAUAUACACCUGCAUACAUACAUACGUACAUACUAGCAAUGUUACACAUGUGUGUUAGACAAAACAUUUGGAUGUGUGACAACGACAAGGAAUAUGUAGCUUUUAACAUCUGGAUUGGUUAGUGAAAGAAAAUCAACAGUGCAAACCAAAUUGAAAUGAAUACAGCUAUAUAACUAAUGUUUCGUCGUGUUACACAUUUCACAGUGUUCCGGCUAAAGAUCUGCAAAUAAAUAGCAAAACAGCCACAAUUGUAGCCAAUGCAUACCACAUUACAAAUGCAAAAAAAAAAAAAAAAACAAAACAAAAAAACGAAAUUCUUGAGAUUUUUAACAAGAAAAUCAUUGCGUAUUGUUCCAGUUUUUAUAUGGAUAUAUUAAAUACCAGUACCUUAGGAUUCAAAUUAAAUACGCACAAAAAUCUAUUGUACAUCCGAGUGAAUGUUACGAGGCAGAUCAAGUUUAUAAAUAUAAUUGGAAAAUCCAGCACCAUUUAA